UAUUCUUUAUAGGGCCGGAAACGCUACCUUUUAGCUGUCACAUACUUUCCGACAAAUCUAGUAUACCCUUUUACCCUACGAGUAUCGGGUAUUAAGAGUAGCCACGACUCCGGCCGACCGAGUAGUCUGAAUUUAAGCGAGAACGCUUACUUUGAGUGCCUUUACUAUCAGAUACCCGUUACUCUGUUAUGCCUCCAGAUGGUGCCACUACUGACAGUUUUUUUUGUUCCUUAAAAAUAUGCUGGAUGAGAGUCUGCAUGUUAAAUUUAAACUCGGAGAAAAACAUGACACUAGCAUUUACUAUUGUCUUUAAAUAUAUAAAAAACUCCAUUAAAUUUCUACUUUCCAAAAGAAUCGGUUCCCUAAACCCAUUUUACAGAAUAUUUAAAAAAAUAUUAUGGAUUCAGUAUCCGUCUUUUUUUUCGUCGGGUCAGCUGGUGAUACUUUUGGGGAAUAUGUAUUCAUAUAUUACAUUAUAAGCUCAUCAACGCUUGAAAAAAGUUCAAUUUUUUGAGUCGGGAAAAAACCACACAUUUUUAAAGAUAAAUUAUGUAUAUGUGUUCUAUCUUUUGCUUUCUUGAAAAAGUUAAAGCCCUUGUAAUAAAUAGUCAACGAUCAUAUAGAUAGGAAAACCUUCAAAAAGCUUAAGAUAAGAUUACCAUUUGAAAGAAAUCUUGAAAGUAUGUUUCUAUUGAUAAGGGUAACUCCUCAAAAGCAAUUUAGUUAAUAGAUCAUACAAACGCCUAUCGUGAUGGCGAAAAUUUACCCACAAUUUUGUGUUACUAAAAAACCCGUGAAGAAAAACUAGUGAUAAAGGGUAAUUGUUUGUCUGAUAACGCAAAGUAGUGGCUUAACGAUAAGCACCGUCCAUGAUAUUGGACACAGUUCACGUGAUUCACCGAAAAUCAAUUACAAAAAUGCCUAUGCCAUUAUCUGCAUACAUGCAUUUACAAUUCCCCUUGUUUCGGUGUUUCUUUAUUUUAACUGAUAAGCGGAAACUACCGCGAAAAACAAAACAGAACAAACCUGAGAACUGGCGAAAAAUGCAAUUGUGAAUUGCUUAAAAAACUCUGCUUUUCUGUUUUCUGGCUGCAUUUAUUAACGAAGUGUCGAGUCGUUCGGGUUCAGAGCCGCAGCAAGUUUUGAUUUGUUUUAGCCCCAAUCGGUUGUCGCAGCUGUUUUGCAUCUUCCGCGCUAUUGUUAUUACCAAUAUUGUUGCUUUACCCAUGCAAACAAAAUUAUUAAAAAAUGUAAGGAAAAGACGAGGUGGAUUUCCCAGCUGAAGAAACGCAACCAAAGAAGCUGCCAGUCCUCAAAAUCCGCUUUUUGCCACCCCUCAGGCUGAAGUUCCUGAGUUCCUUUCAUCCUCAUACCAGUAAACUUAAAACAAAGCCAAAUGACUGCCAACAGUCUGCUUGGGAGGUCCAUACUCAAUGAAGGACGCUCGAAUAAGCGCUCUUUUGUGUCCCUUAUUGUGGGCCUGAUCGUGGGCUUCUGCCUGGCGGAGCUGUUCGUGUACUCCUCGACGCCGGAACGAAGUGAAUUCAUGCCGUACGAUGGCCACCGGCACGGCGAUGUCAACGACGCCCAUCACAGCCACGACAUGAUGGAGGUCUCUGGGCCGGAACAGGAUGUGGGCGGACACGAGCACGUCCACGAGAACUCGACCAUUGCGGAGCGACUGUACAGUGAGGUGCGAGUGCUCUGCUGGAUAAUGACCAAUCCGAGCAACCACCAGAAGAAGGCCCGACAUGUGAAGCGCACCUGGGGCAAGCGGUGCAACAAGCUGAUCUUCAUGAGCUCGGAAAAGGACGAAGAACUGGACGCAGUGGCUCUGCCGGUGGGCGAGGGGCGGAACAACCUGUGGGGUAAGACAAAGGAGGCCUUCAAGUAUAUCUACGAGCACCACAUCAACGACGCCGAUUGGUUUCUGAAGGCCGACGACGACACCUACACGAUAGUGGAGAACAUGCGGUACAUGCUGUAUCCCUACAAUCCGGAGACCCCGGUCUACUUUGGCUGCAAGUUCAAGCCGUACGUGAAACAGGGCUACAUGUCCGGCGGUGCCGGAUACGUCCUCAGCCGGGAGGCAGUCCGUCGGUUUGUUGUCGAAGCCCUGCCCAAUCCAAAGCUGUGCAAGGAGGAUAACACAGGUGCCGAGGACGUUGAGAUCGGCAAAUGUCUGCAGAAUGUAAAGGUUCUGGCGGGGGAUUCCCGGGACUCCAACGGACGAGGUCGCUUCUUUCCGUUUGUUCCGGAGCACCAUCUGAUUCCAUCGCACACGGACAAGAAGUUCUGGUACUGGCAGUACAUCUUCUACAAAACCGAUGAGGGUCUUGACUGCUGCUCGGAUAAUGCCAUAUCAUUCCAUUACGUCUCUCCUAAUCAAAUGUACGUGCUGGACUAUCUGAUCUAUCAUCUGAGACCCUACGGUAUUAUAAACACACCCGAGGCAUUGCCCAAUAAGCUAACCGUGGGCGAGCUGAUGCCGGUGAUCAAGGAACAACCAACGGAAAGCACGAGUGACGGGGUCUCCAAGAGGUCCGCCGAUACAAAGACGCAAUAAUAGGGACAGACGGAUAGACUCUUAAUGUACAUAGAUAGCUUUUGUAUAUAUUUAAAGAUAAUUUUGUAACCCCACAUGAUGAGUCAUAAUAAGCUGUGCUAGCAUUGCCAUUACCAAUUCCAUAAGCCUUUUUUAUGUCGUCGGUCCUUUGAAUUAUGUAGUUUAAUUUUCUCCAUAUCCUCGAAAGGUCUCGUGUGUGUUCUAUUGCAGAGCCGGUUCCUUUUGUACAAAUACCAAACCUAGAUAUAAUUUAGAUCUGUUACUAUAGUUUGUAAUUAAACCUAGGUUGUACAAUUAUAAAAUCAUCACUAAUAGGGCGCAUUCACUAUUCUACUCUGGUUUCCCGUCACUAAGUUAUACACUUGCAUCUUUAUAAGUCGCCUAAGUAAAUCCUAUAUAUGUGUAAGUAGCUAUAUAUUUUAUCUCUUUUGUGAUUGAGAUUAUUACGUAUUAUAGAUAUUAAACGUCUACAUGUAUUUAAUAAAAU